UUUAGAGAGCGAGAUGGAGGGCGUUUGGCGGCAUGCUCAAAACACACGGAGGAUGGACCCGGCCCGUAGUGGAAGUAUCUGUAGGCGUUUCCUUAAUGGAUCUUGCAGAUUUGGUCCAAGAUGUAAUUAUCGACAUGAAUGGCCAGUUAUACCACCAGGCCAAAUUUGUAGGUACUUUCAGAAAGGUGGAUGCUGGUACGGUGAACGCUGCAGGUAUCUCCAUGUCCUUCAACCUGAAGUCGAUGCAGCGAUUGCAGGCAGAAGAGGUUCAGUGCCUACGGUCUCCUCUAGUGUGGCUUACGAUCCAGCUUACAGAAGAGGCUCAGAGCCUGCUUUUCUGCAGGCAGAGGUGCUGUCCAGGCAGGAAUGCAGAAGAUCACAGUUGGUGGUUAAUAUCCCAAAUCCUCAACACAACAUUGGGCUCCUGACAGCAGACAUUGCUGAGGAACAAUCACAAGAUACUGUCACUCCUCUCACUGCUUCUUGGGAAUCAGUCCAGAGCUCAGAAGUUGCUCAAGCAUGUGAAGGAAGAAAUGAGCAGGAGACUUCCAAUGAGACAAUGGAGGAGGGUGCAGCUGCUGCAGCCUUUAGUACCCAGGGGAAUAUCGAGGAAAUGGAGGCUUUCCUCCAGAGUAAACAGGUGACCUGUGGCAUCUGCAUGGACAAGGUGUAUGAAAAGACGGAUCCAAGAAACCAUAUUUUUGGAAUCUUGCCCAACUGCAAUCACUCCUUCUGUUUACAAUGCAUCAUGACCUGGAGGAAAACAAAAGACCUUGGGCCGGAUGUGGUAAAGAGCUGCCCACAGUGUCGAGUGAGGUCUGCCUUUUAUGUGCCAAACAAACACUGGGUUGAAGGACAAGCAAAAGAAAAUCUAAUAGCUGCCUUCAAAGAAAAAUUCAGUAAGAAAAGAUGCAGUUACUAUACCCGAUACAGAUGCUGUCCCUUCAAAACGGAGUGCCUUUAUCGGCAUGACAAACAUGCGCGUCACGGGUCAUUUCCGUAUUAUACAGAAGAUGAAGACUACGAUGGCGUAGACCUACUUAAUCUUUUCAUAGCCAUGACCCUUCUCGGGGACGAUGAUGAAGACGACGAUGACGACUUUGGCUUUCCUUUUUACCUAUCGGGGGAGUAUGGUUUCUGAGACUUUUCCACCUUUUUUGUCAGUGCCUGAAACCAUGAAUGGGGUCUUAAUUAUAUAAUUAAAAAAGAACACAUGGUCUGGGUUUUACCCUCCCGUCAGUAUUAAAAUCUUCUCUUGCGAACUGUGAUCAAGAUCCCGGAUGUCAACCGUGCACCAUUGAGGGCCCCCAGUGUGUUUUUUAAUGACAGUCAAGCUACAGCAGGUGAUUUUACUGAGUAGCCCUCCUUCAACCAGAGAGGCAGUUACUUGUUAAAUCACCUGCUGCAGUUUCUGUUUGGUAAUGAAUACGUGUACGCUUGGCUCUCUGUAGCACAUGUUUUUUUUGCCCCUGUUCUAGAUGUCGGCGUCCCAGAUGUGAUGCAUCCGUCUAAUGACAUUGUGGCUGUCUAUGGCCUUCUAGUUUGGAUUUAUCUUCUCCUGUGGCCAUAGUGCUUCAAACAUGUUGCAAGUUGUUAAUUUUCCCAUAAUCUCUAAUAGGAGUGCUCAAUUCUGACUUCUCUCCUAACAAUUUGCACUGUUUUGAUAUUUUAAAGUGUGUGGAUGGUAGUUUUAAUUGUCUAUAGAUAAAAAGUAUGCUGUACCCCUUCUUGCUAAUGUCCACUACUGAUAACUGCCUCAAGUCAAGAGACCCUUUUUCCCUAGUUUUGGCAAGAA